AUGGCAGCUGCUUUCGAUGGCAAUCGCCAACGUCCCGGCAACAAACCAGCUGCAUCAAUUGCCAGUCGUAAAUGCGGAGGACAGGCCGAGCAGCGGCCGCCAUUCGCCAACAGCCCACUUUGUCCUCGGCCGCUGCCCGCUCGCCUUCUCCAUCCCGAACAGACUCAGCACGCUGCAUCUCCAUCUCUCCAACCACCCCCUCGGCAGUGGAGACCCUGUCACUCUCUGUUCACUGCCAUUCUCGCCCGUCCGCCAGAGCGCAUGCGUAGUGCAAGACUCUCUCUUCUGACCGAAACUCCCGCCUAUUCUUCUUCGGUGACCACCAUCCCGUAUCUCCAGCAGCUGGAGGCGAUAUCGAGUCCGGUUCCGAACUUGGCAGCCACCCUGAUCAACCCUCCUGAAGCCGAUGAUGCCCAUGACGAGAACGUGAACUUUCUGCGGUCUCGUGUGCGCUUGUCCCCCGAUUCAUCCUCAAGUCGCGCUCGGCGCAGACGGCCACCCUACCCCCCAGAGGGCGACCUUGACAGCAUGGAUACAGAGGACCAGAGAAACCCCCAACAGGAGGCUAACCGCCGCUUUCCCAUCAUCCGUCGCCAGCGCGAAGGGUCCAACAUCGUCCCGGACUACGAAGGACGGACGUCAAACGUGCGGUCUCUCUACGGCUGGGCUCCGGGGUCGGAUGAGGAGGAAGAUGACGAAAGCAGCAUCUGGUUUGGGAGAGGAUCAGACCGUGAAACGGGCAGGAAUGGCGCCAGUCUUCGCAGUCUGCGACCCGAAGGGACCGGGAGAGUACCGCAACCUUUCGGUGGAGAGCCAUCAGAAGGAAGCAGCCUUAGUUUGCGGUACGGGGAGGCGGCGUUAUCUGCUGAAGCAUUGUUGCAAUCUGUGCGACGCCAGUCUAGGUUUGCCAGGGCUCGAACGCUCCAAAAUUACAUCCUCGAUCGAGAACGAAGUGGUGGACAAGAGCCAGACGAUCGAGAGCGAGAGCGAGAGCGAGAACGAGAACGAGAACGCGAACGAGAACGGGCCGGGGCGUCGUCGUUACGCACUUUCAGAUUCAUUCCAAGCAGCAGGAACCUCCCUAGUAACGAUAUCCGGGUCAGGUUGAACGCGCAUCGACAGUUGUUUUCGGAGAACCCCCCCAGUGUCCGCCUGAAAGAGGCCAUCAAGUACCUGGAACGGGUCCGAUUCUCGAGCUCGUACGAGGAGAGCAUUUCAUCAGCCGCGGAGGGUGGGUUCAUUCAAUUCGACUACUUCACCUGCAACGAGGACGAUUUUAUCCUGGAUACGUCGACGAUUGCGCCGCCUGCAGAGUGUUCUUGGCUGCGGCCGGGCUCUGUAUUUACUGGUUCGCAACGGGCUGCCAACAGUGUGAGUGCUCAUAUACUGUCGCAUCGGAUAUCGGGCCCGCAAUCGAACGAGCCUGUGAUCGUGAAUGGCAGCGAGACCAGCCGGAUCAGUGUCUAUACGACCAGCGGCCGCCGCUACUGGGCAGGAAACAUUUAUCCGCCAGUCACAGUGACCAGCAAGGACGAGCAUUGGCCGGUCAAGGUGACCAUCCACAGUGUAGACUAUUCUACUAUGACUUUGUCGGGCACGAUGGAAGCAUACAAUAUUCCGGACAAGACCUCGCCGACGCGGGAUGCCCACAUCAUCACGUUUCUGGAGGGGGAGAUCAUCGAUUUCAAUACACACACGUUGGAAACGAAGAGUUUCAAGGCGGACGCCGAUAUUGACAGCACCUACUGGCGGGAACUGCAGCCGUUCAAGAACCUUACAGAUGACGAGAUGAUCAAGAACCUGGUGAGCAAGCGGUGGGUAACGGAAGAGCUGACCAAGGGAUGGAUUUUGAUGCGAUGGAAGGGUGCGUAUGCAGAUACAUUUAAAAAUCCCCUUUUUUUCGUUGCUGACUCUUGUAGAACGCUGUUUCAUCACACCAACCGAUGCUCGCCAAGGACUGACGAUCUCCGGGUUCUAUUAUAUCUCACUUCGUCGAGAAACGGGUGA